AUGGCUGUCAGCGUCCAUCCCCCAUUCGGGUACAAAUUGUCAAUUGUUCGGCCUGGCAAGCGGAGCAGCUCCGACAUCUCCUCACAGAUGCGACUAUAUCAAGUCAAUUGGAUACUUCCGCGUCCCUCCACGCUGGCUAUUUGUCAAGUGGUCGGUGAAGAUAGAAACUAUGGCUGGGGUGAGAGCAUUCUGGAAGGGCACGCUGAGGCCGUGGAAGGUACUUUGAAUGCCCUCUGCAAGCGUUUUCAAGGUUACGGAGCCGACAACAUUGAGCACAUUGGGCAGAUUUCGUGGCGCCUGGGCUUCUACCGUGAACGUGAACUGGCUCGAUUCUCCCAGGGUCCUCGACUCGACGCCGUCCUUGACUUCCACGGCUGUCUUCACAAGCCCAUGGCCAAGCAGCUAGCCAAGGCUCUCGAGUCGCAUCGGCCCCUAUUCCUUGAGGAGCUUUCACUUUCCGAACAUCCCGAGGCGAUUAAGCAGCUCGCCGACCAGGUCUCCAACCCCAUCGCUCUUGGGGAGAGUCUGUACAGUCGCUGGGAUGUAAACUGCUUUUUGGGGGAUGCGAGCGUCGACAUUCUCCAGCCGGAUAUUGCUCACUGCGGUGGCAUCUCGGAGCUGAGACGGAUAGCCUCGAUGACGGAAACCUACGAUGUUGCGAUCGCGCCGCACUGCCCGCUCGGGUCGAAUACCCUGAGCGCGUGCAUGCAGGUUGACUUGGCGACGCCGAACUUUGUCAUCCCGAAGAUGAGUCUUGGCGUGCAUUACAAUACAGAGCCGGGUAAGUAUCAUAUCACGAGCUACGUCAAGGAUGCCGGGGUCUUCGCGGUCAACGAUAGGUAUGUGGACGCCCUCACAGCGCCGGGGCUGGGAAUUGAGGUCGAUGAGGAAACCGUCAGACAAGUCGCUGCAAAUGCAGAGCCCUGGCUGCCGAAGGAGUUCUAUGGCGCCGAUGGAAGGAUCCCCGAAUGGUAG